UCACGCACAGAGCAAAAUCUUUUCGACUGAUGACCUUGCCGAUUUGAGAAAUAUGGAUCAGGACUCGGAGAAUAUAUUUACAGGCGGUGAUGCGAAAGAAGAGCCAGAACUCCCCCAGAGGCUGUCCCGUCAACAAGUUCUAACCAUGAUAGCGAUGUCAUCUAUAAACUUCAGUUCUAUGAUAAGCUACUCUGUUUUGGCUCCGUUUUUUCCCAAUGAGGCAAAGAAGAAAGAGGUGACUCAAACUGUGAUUGGGCUCAUAUUUGGAUGGUACGCCUUAUGUGUGCUGAUGGGAUCAUUGCUAUUGGGUAAAUAUAUUGUUCAGAUCGGGGCAAAGAGGAUGAUCAUUAUGGGAAUUUUUGUUUCAUCUGUGUGCACUAUUCUCUUUGGCCUGCUGGACAGAGCCCAGGCUGGGACGCAGUUCAUCGUUCUCUGCUUCGUCAUUCGCUCUGUGAAUGCAGUUGGGUUCGCCGCUGCCAUGACUGCAUCAUUUGCCAUCUUGGCCAAAGUAUUCCCCAACAAUAUAGCCACUGUCCUGGGUUGCAUGGAAAUAUUCACUGGUCUGGGUCUCAUUCUGGGCCCACCCAUUGGAGGAUGGCUCUAUCAGGCUUUUGGAUACGAAGUCCCAUUCAUUGUUCUGGGUGGGCUACUCUUCAUGAUGGUUCCAUUCAACAUCUGGAUCUUGCCCAGCCAAGAUGCCGUUCCAACCAGGGACUCCUUCCUCAGGCUGUGCACCAUUGUGAAGAUCCCCAUCAUCUGCUUUGUGGUCCUCACCCUCAGCUCUGGGCUCGGCUUCCUAGAUGCAACUCUGUCCAUAUUUGCAAUUGAAAAGCUUUCCCUAUCUCCAGGCUCAGUGGGGCUUCUGAUGAUCGGUCUGUCUCUACCUUAUGGCGCAGCCUCUCCUAUCUUCGGCCUGUUCAGUGACAAACACCCGUAUGCACGGAAGUGGAUGAUGGUGAUUGGAGGAAUGUCAACAGCACUAGGGUUCUGUCUCCUCGGACCAAUUCCAGUCAUUGGCGUGAAUAAUCACCUCUGGCUGACAGUACUGAUGCUGGUGGUCAUAGGCUUAUCCCUUUGCGUGACUGCCAUCCCCACCUUUGCAGAGAUGCUAGUAUGUGCACAUGAGAAUGGCUUUGAAGAGGGACUGAGUACUCUGGGACUAGUCUCCGGUCUGUUCUCUGCCGUCUGGUCAUGUGGAAUGUUUGUGGGACCAACAAUUGGCAGCUACAUCACACAGAGAUCUAAUUUCGAGUAUGCCUCAGCUUGUCAAGGUGGACUUGCCUUCCUGGCGGCAGCCCUUCAAGGCUUGUACUCCGUCUACGAGGUCCAUAGAAAAAGGUCCAUCCAGGCCAACGGUAUUUUGACUGGCCAUGGAGGACUUCCCGAUGACCGAACACCUCUCCUAUCUUCCCCUAACCCCUCAUGAGAAACUCUGAAUUGCCUUCUAUACAUAGGUUUUCUAUUUUUGUUUUCCCCUGGCUGCGCGACCCUGGCUGCGUACAACUCAACCUCUGAUUGUUGGAAACCAAAAAAUGUGCUCACAUGGUUGGCUGCCAGUAUCUUGCCCCUCCUCACAACACCAUGUUUAUAAACAAAACAAAAACAUAUACCAGGGAGGUUCUGUUUGUGGAGUUCCCUGGUGCCUUUAGGAGUAGCGGAGCUACUUGUGUAAACUUUGUACCUAUGUAAACCCUUUGACAGAGUGACACUAUUAAAUGACAAAUGCUCUACAUUGAUAUGCAGCUAACAUAAAUAAUAGUGUUUACUACCUACUGUAAAUUUAAUUAUAUUUUUAAAAAAUGUUUGUAU